AUGAGGCGACGUUGGUGUUGGGGAGUAGCGCUAAACCAAAUCGGGGCUAGCGUUAGGGCUUCCGCACCACACGCCCUGGCUCGCUUACCACCAGAGCAUCACCACAGCGAAAAGGGCACAACUCGACUGACUUGGAGAUCAAUCAACCGAGCAUCAGGGACCAUCUCAUUGACACGACAACCCGCCCAAGAUGGUGAGUGCUCGACCCGAUUCCGUCGUCUGGCCAGUUCUCGCUGUUUCGCGUUGAAAUUGGUCUUGAAAAUUCACCUAGGGCGAGGCAAAACUAACAUCAUCAUUUUCCACCUCCAGGUCCGUUACGCCGCCCAAUCGAUCCCGAGCGCGAAAAGUGCGCGAUCUCGCGGCUCCUACUUGCGCGUUAGCUUCAAGAACACCCGCGAGACUGCCCAGGCGAUCAAUGGCUUCAAGCUGCAGCGUGCAGUUGCCUUUUUGGAGAAUGUGAUUGCGCACAAGGAGGCUGUUCCCAUGAGGAGAUAUGCCGGAAGCACUGGACGAUGCGCACAGGGGAAGCAAUUCGGUGUCUCCAAGGCUAGAUGGCCCGUCAAGUCCGCCGAGUUCCUCCUUGGUCUCCUCAAAAACGCUGAGGCCAACGCCGAUACGAAGGGUCUUGAUACCGGAAACCUCAUCGUCAAGCACAUCCAAGUCAACCAGGCUCCCAAGCAGCGAAGACGUACCUACCGUGCUCACGGUCGUAUUAACCCUUACAUGUCUUGCCCCUGCCACAUCGAAAUGAUCUUGACCGAAGGAGAGGAAGUUGUUCAAAAGGCACCAACUGUUGUUUCCGGGGAAGGAUCCAGACUCUCAUCCAGACAACGAGGAACCCGUGUUCGCCAGGCCAUUACCGCGGCUUAA